UAUGUAUGCAUAUGUAUGCCUAGGCAUAAAUAUCACAAUUGUGUAGUAAUGGCACACAAUAUCGCAAGAAAGCAAGCAUUGACCUAUUUAUUAGGAGUAUGUGUACCAUCUUCUAAACAAAAUGCUGCAAAAAUACGAAUACAACGAGCAGAUUUUGAUUCAUAUCUUUCAAUGUACUUUACCAAAUAUGAAUUUAUUUAUGCCACCGAUCCUCAAAAACUUUGCAAAACAGGCGAUACAGUUUUAAUACAAAGUUUACCACAAAAAUUAACCCGCCUUAUUACUCACAAAAUUGUUGAUGUCAUUUAUCCAUUAGGUGAUAUUACAGAUCCUAUCACUGGUAAAAAGGUUGUCAUGGGAAGAUAUAGGGAACAUAUUGAAGAAGAUGCUAAACUUUUUGGAGAUUUAAAAUCUAUGUAUAAAUAUGAUGAAGCACCAGAGAGAGGAAUCACAGCAGGCAAACGAGAUUUUACAGAUAAGAAAACUUAUAUAAAAUAUAGUGAUGAUCCAAAAGAUUAUGACCCAUAUGCUGUGAACCCAUAACUCAUAAAUAAUUCACAUAUAUGUUUAAUGAUUAAUAAAUAAAGAUAUAUUGAAAAAG